ACCGGUAACCACUACAUAUAAAAGUCAUGGCCCUUCUUCGUUCCACCCUUGUAAGCAUUGGAAUUGGGCUCAUUUCCCAGUAUUUAACAGGUCCUUCCCAAUUUCUAGGAGGGUUUAAAUUAUAAUAUUCAUGAAUUUGUUCUGCAAAACUUCAUUAUAUUCUCCACAGAUAACCCUGCUUUCCAAAAUAUUUAAUCCCAGAACCAGGCAUGCAGGCAGCUAUUUAUACUGAAGAAUUUCAGCUUGAUUUUCAAGAAAUGUUGAAGCCAAAUUUUGCGCCCAAAUUCCUGCUUCGAUUUUCGUUUCUUGUUUCUCCGUUGAGGGCUAAUCAUAUUUCUAUUUUGAAGUAUUGUUAAGCUUGAUUCAAAUAUAGCAGUCUGCAUAAAUUGCCUUUGCUUUUGUGCUUUUAAGGGCUAUGUUCUACUUUUGACUAGCUGAACUAUGGCGUUUAAACGGAAAUUUUUAGUUGCUGUUCUCUCCCUGUGAAUCUCCCGUUGCUUAUAAUCUCCUCCCUUUGAUUUUGAUUAGGAGUGCAUUUUAAACUUUUAUUUUUGUCCCGUAAUUGAGGGUUGUUACUUUUGUAUAUAUUCUCGACAACAUUUCCCCUACAUCAAGAUUUGUACUAUUUGUGAACAGAUUCACUGCUUUUUCAUGGUAAAUUUACCGUCCACAGCAGCAUUGUCGUCUCCGCAGCUUUGAUUUGAACGUUGAAAUGGCCUACGACUAUGAUCAAAGUGAAGAUUACCUUUUUAAAAUUGUAUUGACAGGCGACUCUGCAGUGGGGAAAUCGAAUUUGCUGGCAAGAUACAGCAGAAAUGAGUUCCAUCCGAAUUCGAAAGCAACAAUCGGCGUGGAAUUUCAGACGCAAACAAUGGAAAUCGACAAGAAGGAGAUCAAAGCGCAGAUUUGGGACACAGCAGGGCAAGAACGCUUCAGAGCAGUUACAUCGGCUUAUUACAGGGGCGCAGUGGGAGCUCUGCUCGUCUACGAUAUAACCAGGCGCCAUACUUUCCAAAAUAUCGGCCGCUGGCUUGAAGAGCUCCGUUUGCAUUCCGAUGAGAGCAUUGUUUUGAUGCUUGUUGGAAACAAAUGUGACCUUAAAGAGGGCAGAGAGGUUUCAGUAGAAGAAGGAACAGCGCUUGCCCAGUCUGAAAACCUAUUUUUCAUGGAGACAUCUGCAUUAGACUGCACAAAUGUACAAAUUGCCUUUCAAACAGUUGUCAAAGAAAUCUAUAACGUGAUGAGCAGGAAAGUGCUGUCGUCUGAUGAACAAAAGCAAGAGGCAGCUACGUUAACUAACGGGAAAACAGUGAAAUUACAUGACAAUGAAAGCCAAAAGGCCUUUCUGGAAAGGGUAUGGUGCUGCUCUGGCGGAGCUGUAAAAAAAAUAUAACAGAUUGGUGGAAGCUGGCAACUUUUUAAAAAAGAUUCUUCUUCGCGGUAGUCACGAAUGCUCUAAAUAUCAUCUAGGUUUUCGCUCCCUGUUGAUAUGCUAGCGUGUAAAUUUUGGUCUGUUUGGCGUUUUCUUUAUGACAUUUAAAAAAAAAGGUUGGUAUGGUCGGAAGCAUCUGGGUAGGCAUUUGUCAUGGAUGUGACAAGUAGAUUAGGUGGAAGCAUUUUGUUGGUAUGGUUGUAGUCAGGCCUUUGUUUUAUACUCCAAAUAAGCAUUAGGCAUUUGCUGAAGACUUUGACACUCGUCUCCAUCUCCAUCAUCCUCAUUGUUCUCAUAGUCAAUUUAGUAAACAUAAAUUUUAAUCCUCCAAUAUAUGGAAUCGUAUCUAUAUAUUUUAUUGGGAUAAAAUUUAGUCAAGCUCUACAUUCUAUUAAAAUUAAUAGAAAAAUUGAAUAUUUUAAUGGCUAUUA